AAUCUCUCUCCGUUCUAGCUCCCUAUCGAGAACAGCUGAACAGGUAAGUAAUUUACGGCCAUGGCGAUAUAGGAGAUUUGACAUGUGGAGCUCAGCUGUGGCAAUUUUUUUGGAGCCGGGAACGUUGCGGGAUACGAGACGGAGAUAAUAAUGUCAAUGUAUUGUUUCAAGACCGCCAUUGAAGGGCAAAAAAAGUAGAGAAGAGAAGAUCCCACUCCCUCACUCCUCCGUUUGUUGUUUUUCUUCGCUGUCAGAGAAUAGGUACGGCCGGGCAAUGGAUGGCGCCGCCGGGAAUCGAGACAGUCCCCCGUUGUCGCUUACAAUCCCUCUCAUUUUCUCUUCCGAAAACGACACCAACAAGAAGUCCGAGCAUUUCGACGCCAAGGGCUACAGCAACGCCCACCACCACCAAAUACUACUCCACCACCACGACUAUUCCGCCACCGAAGAAGGCGGCGGCGGCGGCGAGGGCACCACCACAUUCUUCAACACCUGCUUCAAUGGCCUCAACGCAUUGUCAGGUGUUGGGAUACUUUCAACCCCAUACGCUCUAGCAUCGGGAGGAUGGUUGAGCUUGAUCUUCCUAAUGGUAAUCGCCGGUGCAACCUUCUACGCAGGUUUGCUAAUCAAAAGAUGCAUGGAGGAAGAUUCCAGCAUCAGAACUUAUCCCGACAUAGGAGACCGUGCAUUUGGCAGAAAAGGAAGGCUCGUGGUAUCGGUCUUCAUGAACGUAGAGCUAUACUUGGUUGCAACAGGAUUCCUGAUACUCGAAGGGGAUAACUUGGUGAACUUGUUUCCAGACAUGGAGAUAGAAAUUGCAGGGUUCCACCUAGGGGGCAGGCAAAGCUUCGUCAUACUUGUUGCACUCAUCAUUUUGCCUUCAGUUUGGCUCGACAACUUGAGCUUGCUCUCCUACGUCUCUGCGAGUGGAGUUUUGGCCUCUGCCAUCAUCCUUGCUUCAAUUUUCUGGACAGGAGCGUUCGAGGGAGUUGGGUUUCGUCAGACUGGUACGCCAUUGAACUUGGGUGGAAUCCCAACAGCUGUUAGCUUGUAUGCCUUCUGUUAUUGUGCGCAUCCUGUCUUCCCAACUCUCUACACAUCGAUGAAGAAUAAGCAACAGUUCUCCAAUGUCCUACUAUUGUGUUUCAUCCUCUGCACAUUCUGCUACGCGUCGAUGGCUGUUCUCGGGUACAUGAUGUUUGGACCGCAUGUCCAAUCCCAGAUAACAUUAGACCUUCCAACGAACAAGUUCAGCGCGAAGGUAGCAAUCUACACUACUUUGGUCAACCCAGUUGCCAAGUACGCUCUCAUGGUCACCCCCAUUGUGAACGUAGCCAAAAAGAGGUUCCGUGCCUACUGCAACAAGAGGCCAUUCAGCAUGUUCAUCAGCACUGCAUUCGUCAUCAGCACAGUAAUCGUAGCUCUAGCACUGCCUUUCUUCGGCGAACUCAUGUCGCUGGUCGGAGCGUUCUUGAGCGUCACUGCAUCAAUCAUACUUCCCUGUGGAUGUUACAUGAAGAUCUCCGGCAGCUACAAGAGGUUUUCGAUCGAAACGGUGCUGCUCUGGGGGGUAGUGGUGUUAGGCGUCAUCAUUGUUGUGUUUGGGACGUACACCUCUCUGUUGCAGAUAAUGCACCAGCUGUUUUAACUGGAGGGAGGGGGAGAGACGAUGGAGCAGAAAGAUCUAACAAGGAGAAAAACUGCCAAAGGUAAAAACUGUGUAUGUAAAUUCUCAAGUUUACAACUUGCUGAUGUUGAUGAUGAAAAGGUUCUUGUUUGUGAGGCUGGUGAGCCAGAGAGGUUGGGGAGAAAAGGCAGUGUUUGAAGCUGGACUUAAGUAGCUUUUCUGGGGUUCGAUUUGGAAGAGUCUCCACUUUAGUUUAGAUUUUGCAUGUCCCCCACUGAAAGUUAAUGUAGAUCAGUUGUUUUCAAGCUCAGCUGAUGAUAUGGAAACUUGGAAAGGUCAUGAAUCCUCCUAACUUCGUUAACACCAGAAAAGCUUUCCAAUUUGCUUCACUUUUCCCCUCCUUUACUCGUUUGGGCCCUUUUUGCAUCACUGGGGUCAAACACGUUUACCAUCUUGAAGUGAAUCAAUUACUAAAAUAAACACGUUUACCAUCUUGAAUCAAUCACUAACAUCAAAAUUUCCAUAAUCUUAAUGUAUAUCCUAUUCCUAUCGGCCCGACUGGUGGUGAGCUACUUUCCAGUCAACUGACUGUUCUGGAUGAUAUCAUUAACAUGGGCAUGGCUUUAAGUAUUGGCUGCUUCUACAACUUGCAAUGUCUUGACUCUGUUGGCAGAAAUGUCGGCAAAUUCAGAGAGAACGGCCCUGAAUUCAUCCCCGCUAACAGUUUCCUUCUCUAGCAGCACCUCCACGAGUUUGUCAAUGGCUUCCCUAUUGUUCCUUACAUGUUCCUUGGCAAUCUCGUAAGCUUUCCCAAUUAUCCGGCGAACGGCAGAGUCGAUAUCCUCGGCCAGUUUCUCCGACAUCGAAUUCCUGGCCAGCAUCCUCAACACCACAUCCCCGCUUUGCACCGCCGGAUCCGUCAGCGCCCACGGCCCGAUCUCCGACAUCCCAAACAUCGUCACCAUUUGCCGAGCAACCUGGGUAACUUGCAGAAGAUCCCCUGCCGCGCCGGUGGUGAUUUCCGGCUCCCCAAAUACGACCUCCUCCGCCGCUCUGCCACCAAGCCCUCCAACAAUCCGAGCAAAAAGCUGCUGCUUCGAAACCAGAGUCGGAUCAUCUUGCGGAAUGAACCACGUCAGCCCCCGAGCCUGGCCGCGAGGGAUCAAGCUCACUUUCUGAACAGGAUCGUGACCGGCCGUCAGCGUCGCGCAAACGGCGUGACCGAUCUCGUGGCACUAAGAAAACGGAGAAGAGAAAUCAUCUUACCUGCCAAGUCCAAAUGGCAAAUUGGGUCCUCCAGGGGAAUUCGGACCUCCCGAUCUCAACAGAAAACUUCCCAGCAAUAUCAGUGGCAAUGCCAAGUUCCCCAAAAGAUCAAGCAAAGCUUCGCUCCAAUUCAUCUCCAUCGGUUGAACAGAGAAAUCAACGUUCUUUUCUUCCAUCUUCCUCAGCAGUUUCGGCGGCAAACCUGGGAGCUGAAUUUUAACCCUCUGAAUCUUCUCAAGUGCGGGAUUGAGUAUCUCGGCGAUCGCAACGUUCCCUUUCUCGAACAAGUCCACUUUCUUUACGUAGCCACCUUCCAAAUACUCCAAGAAUCUGGAGUAUGACAUUCUGCUGGAAGUUGCAUCAACCGGAGACUCCGGCUCUGCAUUUGCUGGCUUGCAACCAGAACUCAGAACCUGCUGGGUUAUUCCAAAGGUAGUUGUGGAGUAUAUGAGCUUUCUCCGGUUUAGUUUUGGUUCCAGAGGAUUUUCUAGGGAGAGCUUUUUCUUUGGGAUGUGGGUGUCUUUGGAAAUGUCGCGGAGUUUGGAUACGGGGACGUUGGGGAGUGAUAGAGAGAGAGCUGGGGACAUUGUUCUAAGAUAGUUUGAUCUUGAUUGUACUGAAUUUGGAGAAUAGAAAUGGUGACUCGCGGAAUUGGUGA